UGUCGAAACGAUUUUACAAUUGAUUGUGUUUAAGUAAAUUAACCUGAGAUAUCUAUGUGUUUGUGCUACGAUCUGAAACUCUGAUAUUGCGAUUCCAACCUAAAUGCCUUUCGUCGAGAGAUUUCAACAAAUACGUAAUUUUGUUAUGAACGUCUGCCUCGUCGAGGCCAUCCAAUUCGUCCAGGACCUCUCGCACGCCAUUUGCCUGGACCUCCAGGGCCUAUUCAACCUUAAGUAGAGAUCUCCCAGCGAUCUCCCAGCCUCUCAGCGCUCAUCCCAUCAAUCACCCAGAUACACUUUACUUCAUUAAGUAGCAGUAAUCAUCUAACAAAGCCGACCAAACAACGCACCGACU